ACAACCUAAACCAGCAUCAUGGGCAAGAUCAUCUUCUAUGAGGACAGGAACUUCCAGGGUCGCUCCUAUGAGUGCAUGAGCGACUGCUCUGACAUUUCCUCCUACCUGAGCAGGUGCCAGUCCUGCAGGGUGGAGAGCGGCUGCUUCAUGGUCUACGAGCGUCCCAACUACACGGGAAACCAGUUCUUCCUCAGGAGAGGAGAGUACCACGACAUGCAGCGCAUGAUGAGCAUGGGGAUGAUGUUUGAAUCCAUCAGAUCCUGCAGAAUGAUCCCAUUUCACAGAGGUUCAUUCAGGAUGAGGAUCUAUGAGAGGGAGAACUUCGGCGGUCAGAUGUACGAGCUGAUGGACGACUGUGAGUCCAUCAUGGACCGCUACCGCAUGAACGACUGCAUGUCCUGCCACGUGAUGGACGGCCACUGGCUGAUGUACGAGCAGCCCCACUACAGAGGCAGGAUGAUGUACCUGAGGCCCGGAGAGUACAGGAACUUCAUGAACUUGGGCAUGAGUGGCAUGAGGUUCAUGAGCAUGAGGCGCAUCACUGAUAUGUGCUAG